AUGGCUUCUUUUUUAUUCAUUACUUUCUUUCUUCUUUUUUCUUUCAUUCUUUUUUCUUUCUUUUUUAUUUUCUUCUUUUUUCAUGUUUUUCUUUCUUUGUUUUUCUUUGUCUCUUUUUCUUCUAUUCUUUUUCUUUCAUUCUUUUUCUUUUUCUCUUUUUCUUCCGUUUUAUUUCAUAUUUUCUUUCUUUUUUCUUUCAUUCUUUUUUCUUUAUUUAUUUUUUCUUUUUCUCUUUUUUCUUUCUUUAUUCUUUUAUUUUUUAUUCUUUCUUCUUUCUUCCUUUUCGUUUCAUUUUUCUUUUUCUUCAUUCUUUUUCUUUCAAGCGUUUUCUUUCUUUCUUUUUUUCUUUUUAUUUCAUGUUUUUCUUUCUUUUGUCUUUCGUUCUUUUUUCUUUUUCUUUCUUUUUCUUUCAUUUUUUUAUCUCUUGUUCUUUUAUGUUUUUUCUUUCAUUCUUUUUCUCUCAUUCUUUUUCCUUUCAUUCUUUUACUUUUUUUUCUAUUUUCUUUUACUCGUUUUUCUUUCAUUCUUUUUAUUUGUGUUUCCCUUUCGAAUUCAUUCAUGUGUUCAUUUUUUUCAACUUUAAUUUCUUGA